AUGUUUGAGAACUCCAUUGCCCAGCAGCAGAGUCCACAGAUUUCCAGGCCCGGCCAGCCCUCAGCCCGACGCUCCCCAGCGUCAGCCAAUCCCAACCUGGGGUCCAGCUCCACUGAUUCUUCAUCCUCCGGAGGCCAACAGAGGCUGAAAAAUGCCAUUAACCUGGGCAAGGCUGUUGGUGCAAAGGUCAAUGACUUGUUAAGACGAAAGGAGCCCAGCCACCUCGGGGACAUCGGGGUGACUGAAGUCAACAAAAACGUUGGUGCCGUGUGGAGCUGCAUGGACCAACUCAACCAGACCACUGCCAACAGUCACAUCUCCUCCUUCGACUCCUUCCCUCGGCUGGACCCACCACCUCCUUCAGGGAAGAAGCGCCUCCCUCGAGCGCUGAAGACCACCCAGGACAUGAUGAUCUCCUCUGAUCCUGUGGUCUCUUCUCCGGACGCAGCAGACUCCUCAUUCCUCUCCUCCCCUGAAAAGACGCCCCUUAUCACCAAGGAGGAGCUGAGGAACAGCGAGGUGCAGCAGCAGGGUGAGAAGGAGGAAGAGAGGUCAACAGAUAUCACAGCGCCGCAGGUCGACGACGGGAAGAAAGUCGCUGCUCAAACGGAGACGACAGGGAGCAACAGCAAGGUGGAUGGAGUGAUAGGUGGAGAAGAAGAUGACACAGAAGACAGGAGCACUGAAGGAGACAUGGAGGAACAUCAGCCCCAGCUCCAGCUCUCUGUACCAGACCUGAUCAACAAAGACCCCCCACUGCUGGAGCCCAGAGCCAAACCCUGCGACAUCUGGCAGAAGGCGCCGGGGCCGGACUCCCGCCUCGCCUCCACCCCCUGCUCGGGGAAAACUCCCUGCCGCAUCAGCCUGGGCGAGGAGGUCCUGCUGGGGAACGGCGCCCCCUGCGGUAAAGGCACCACACUGAGUGGCGAAGACACGGAGCCCCACCCAGACCUGCUGUCGUUUGAGUGA